UUCUCAUCAAGGAAACGCCCUUUCCUGGUGGGCUCCGACUGCUUCCUUGCCCCGCCAUGUAACGCUGUUAUUGACGGCUUGCAGCCAAAUAUAUUCCCUGAACAAGUGUUUUUCUGAUACUGUGUUGCUGUUGUGAAGAGUUUGCAGGCUGGAAUAAGUCAGAAGCAAAGACUUGAUGAACUGUGAACGUAUUUUGGGUUCGCACUGGACUCGGGUUUGUGGAUCUCGUUACAUGAUGAGGUUGCUGCUGUUGCUGGUCGCCUGUGUUGCUGUAGGCCUCUCAUAUGACACUGACUUGAAGCACUAUGGGGACACAUACAGGAUAUACUUGCCUCACAGCGCCUAUAGCCUCGAGUACAGCCGCAGCUCUGGCUCAGAGGUGACCGUCUUGUGGAAACGUGGUGUACCUCUGGCCAGAGAAGACAAUAGGCGGAAGGUGAUUAGCUACUACUAUGUGAUAAGUAAUGUUACCCAAGAAGACGGGGGCCGCUACACACUAAGAGGAGAGAAUCGGUUGACGCUGUCUAGGCAAAGACUUGAAGUAGAAGCAUUAACUGAGAGCUAUUUACGUGAGAUUGGUGAAGAACUGAGGAUCACCUUCAAUCUUGAACGGCACUCCUGCAACAUUUACUUCUUCCCAAAUGGACACAGUCAGACUGUCAUUGUUCACAAUGGUUGGCUUCAGCUGAGCUAUACUGAAUGCACUGGGUUUAAGAUUCUACACCCAUGUGGGAUUCUUAACUACGUCCAAGCGUCAUGCCGUGGACACUUCGAGGUCAGAGAUCAUAAUGACAAUAAGGCUUUGGUGGUUUCACUGGACGUCGAAUCUGACGGUGUUGAGACAUCGUCGUACCUCGGUAUUGGCGGCGGGAUUCUUAUUUCAGCACUUUGCACCUGCUGCCUGAGGUGCUGCUGCUGUAAAAAGAAAUCCUCGGAUAAGGAAGGCUCUGAGGCUGCUGCUGAUGAAGACAACAAUGAAAAUGAACCUGCUGUGCAUUACCAUGAGUACGACCAGGAGCCUGUUGGACAGAGGCAGAACCAACCCCAUGUGCCCUCUGGGACACAAUACCCCGCUCAGCCUUCAUUUACCCCGGCUGCCCCGCUGAUACAUAAUCCUCCUACCAACAUCAUGCCACCUGCUUAUUCUAAGUUUGCAGUUUCUUCAGAGCCGGCAGAUGCUCCAACUGUCCCUCUUUAUUCUGACUCUGAGCCGCGGUUUGAAGUGAAGGGGAUGAACUUUAACUCUGAGGAUCCUCUCAGCUCAGAUCCAACACACUCUGAUGUUUACACCUCAGAUAAGCUCAACUUCCUCUGAUAGCCUUGAUCUUUGCAAAGAUCUCUCACAGUUUCUAAUAUAUUCAGCAGUGUGACUUUAAAGGGAUAGUUUGACAUUCUGGGAAGCAUGCUUAUUCAGCAGCAGCUGCCUGGAGUUGAUGCUGGUUGCCUGGCAACUGGUCCAACACAGAACCACUGCUAAAUAUGCUUUGUGGUUUUAUGCAUUAAAGAAACAUUUUAAUGGCAAACGGAGUUAUCUCUGUGCAGAACCAUGUGUUUCCCUGUUUCUCGAGUUAAAUGUAAGCAAACCAGCUGCUGAGGGGAACUUCAUAUUUGCCACACGAACCCAGAGUGAGAGCAUUUCCCAGAAUGUUAAACUACUUCAUUAACAUGUAUACAGUUUUAAAGACACAUCAAGAGUCUUCCCAUUUCUCCCACAUAUUGGUCAUUCCACAAUGUUCCACAUGGCACCGCUAUGCUAAUUUCAUGACACGUGGUAAAACACUCAAACAAAACAAGAAUUGAGUGGAGACCUUUUUUUUUUUUUUACAUCUGCAUCUGUCCUACUUAUUUUAGUUUUACUACCAACUUUAGCUUUGAAAAACCAGAUGUGUGCCAAGCAGAGCACAUAACCCAAAGAUCACAUGUUCAAAGCCUUCCAUUCACCCCCCCCCCCCCCCCAAAAAAAAAAAAAAAAAAACAAUCAAAAGCAUUUAUUCUAAAUGGACAAUGCUGGCAUUAUUUACAAUAAUUUCCUACCUCAUGCGUCUCAGUUAAAGAUAGGUCAAUAAGCUCAUCAGGUUACCGUACUAAGUGCAUUUUGUUCUUGUUCAUUUAUUGCAGACCAGACCGACUGUGAGAAUUUCCAAGAAAUAAACAAACAUAUCUUCUCCAUGCAAAGCCAUGUAUUCAAAACACAUAAUCCUUGUACUUGCUUUGGCCCUUCAAAUUCAGCUUGUGUCUCAUACACUUGAUGUAGUAUUUGAUGCAUGCAUCAUUCAGCUGGAUGCGGAAUGUAAAGGACAUUUGAACUAAUAUAUAAAUUAGUCAGGUCAAUUUAAGCACUUUGGGCUACUCAGGCAACACACACACACACACACACACACAUACACACACACACACACACACACACGAGGGUUCAAUCAUGAGACCACCUAUGAAUGCACUUCUGUUUUUGUUUUGUUUUGUUUUUUUACAUUUCUUUCAGAUUUUAGAAUAUCAGCUCAACACUUUAGAUGAAAACCUGAAUCUCUGAAUAAACUUUGUUUGCUCCUCUGUUGCUUCAAUGACAGCAGCACUGCAGAGCUGCAUGAACUCCAAGAGUUUGUGCAAAACCUGAUAAGCCAUGUUGCCCCAGCAUGAUCUGACUGUUACAAAGAGCUUGUGAUGAGAUGUUUGGUGGCAUCGUAAAUGUUCAGUGUGGUUGAGAUCAGGUGACUGUAGAGGAAAGUCCAUGAGCCCGUGGUUAUUUAAUGCUUCCUGGUGUGUUUGGGCUCUUUCUCCUGCAUCUGUGCAAAGAUGCAAACUAGAAGGUGGAGCAUGUCUCUGAAGCAUGUCACCUUGAUCAGGGUGGAGUUGAUUCAGUUCAGCAGCUGUGGGUCUGAUCCACUGUGGUAUUCUCUUUUCUCCAUCCACCUUUCUGUCACGAAUCUCUAAAUGGGAUUUGUGCAUAAAUAUAACUUUUUUGAGUCAUCCACAGUGAAAUAGUGCCGUGUCUUAGCCCACCUCAAGUGUUUGACCUUGUCUGCCUCCUGAAAAGUGGUUGAUGGAAGCUAUUUUUCCUCUUGGACCACGACUAGACAGCUUUUGGUUGAAAAUGACUGUUACCAACUGGAACCUUGCAUUCUUGGAUUUGCAAAUUUUAUAUAUCAGGGAUCAAAUUCUUUUGUAUUUGUAACAAAACUCAACAUAUUAAUUUUUUGAAGUUGUGCUCACUUUCGUUCUGUCUGUUGGUGCUUUGGAUCUUAUCCAGUUUUUCAAGCCAUUCUAGUGAGCCAUGCACUGCCUGUUUGUAAACUUUCAGUCCAAUCACGAUUCAAUGUCAGUUUUUACAACUAUCACAAUGCUGCUUAGUGAGCAACAUCAUGCUGUAGACUUAAGCCAUCACCAUAUUUAUAACAGGUAAAAAAAAGCAGGUUUGUUUACUUGAACAAGCCUCUAAUGAGUCAAACAAAUCCUCCUGAGUAUCACCAAAAUGCUACUUCAAUGGAAAAUGACAACUCUAGGAAAUUUGAGCACUUAAAUGAAGAAGUCUGAAUGUUUUUUUGAUUUGUACGUUUCAGAACUUCUUGUGUUUUAAGUAUUUCAAAGUCCUCAAACUUUUAAAUUCUUUCCAAGUUUUCAAGAAAAUAUGGCAGAUUUUGACAUGAUCUCACACUUUUGAACUCCAUUGAACUGUAUAUACAUGCAAAUGUUUUUUUAAAUUGUAUUGUAAUGACAAAACUAUCACACGCACCUUUUGCCUUUUCCUCAUGCAUAUUUUCAAUGUCGCUUGUAUAAAAAGACCUCAACACCUCUUCGCUGCACUCAUGUUAGCAGCAUGCCGGAAGUGCUUUAAUGUAAACUUCUAACUCAACACGAAUCUUUCAACACUUUGUCAGCUUUUUUUUAUGUUCAAAGCAAUAUUAUGAACUGACAUUCACACUUAACACAACAGUAGAGCCAUAUUCAUAGCUUUAGUAGUGAAUACUUGUGUAUUAUCAUCCAUAAAUAUCAGAUAUAGUCGUCCCGUUUGUUCAUUUUUGGGUGCUUUGGAAUGCAUGCCAUAGUUCUCUGUUGUGUAAAUAUGGUAGAGUUGUUUUUUGUACUAACAGGAGCCUUUGGAGAACAUCAAAUUAAGAGCUUUACAACAAUUCUAGAGCAUCUUGUGCAUGUAUCUUAGAGUUUCUAGGCUUUGUGUCAAGUGCAUUAAAGCUAAUAACACAA